CAGGCAGAGCAGGAAAAGCUGGGUCUACACUGCAAGUCCAGAGAGCAGGGAACUACCUUGAGUACUCUACUCAAACUUAUGUCUCAGAGUUCCCCAAUUUCCCAAGAAGGCAGUGAUAGAGGCCACAACCCAGGGGGUCAUCUCUCAAGGUACCAAUAGCUUUGCAGCCCAGUAGGAGUAAUGCACAUGGUGUAAGACUUGGAGCAAAUGCAGGGACCCUUCUGUUUUCUCCUGCAAAGUUGAAAAAGCUACAUGCAGUUGGAAGGGAUCUUCAGAUGGUGCUGGUGACUCUCUGUUCCUUUGGGAGUUAACACGCAUAUGGAUUGGAGGAAAAAUAAUCAACAUAUAUUCUCCUUUUGUAUUGUUUAAAUCACAGGAAGAAGCGGCUUUAAGACAAAAGGCCGGGUGCGGUGGCUCACGCCUGUAAUCCCAGCACUUUGGGAGGCCUAGGCGGACGGAUCACAAGGUCAGGACAUAGAGACCAUCCUGGCUAUCACGGAUCAAACCAAAAUGACAACUGCUCAGUUUUACUGUCAAUACUGCACAGCAUCACUUCUUGGGAAGAAAUAUGUACUAAAGGAUGACAGUCCGUACUGUGUUACAUGUUAUGAUCGUGUAUUUUCUAACUAUUGCGAGGAGUGCAAAAAACCAAUUGAAUCCGAUUCUAAGGAUCUUUGUUACAAAGACCGGCACUGGCACGAAGGAUGCUUCAAGUGCACCAAAUGCAAUCACUCUUUGGUGGAAAAGCCUUUUGCUGCCAAGGAUGAGCGCCUGCUGUGCACGGAGUGCUAUUCUAACGAAUGCUCCUCCAAGUGCUUCCACUGCAAGAGGACCAUCAUGCCUGGUUCCCGCAAAAUGGAAUUUAAAGGAAACUACUGGCAUGAAACCUGUUUUGUGUGUGAGAAUUGCCGACAACCUAUAGGGACAAAGCCUUUGAUCUCCAAAGAGAGUGGCAAUUUUUGUGUGCCGUGUUUUGAGAAGGAGUUUGCUCACUACUGCAACUUUUGUAAGAAGGUGAUAACUUCAGGUGGGAUAACAUUUUGUGACCAGCUAUGGCAUAAAGAGUGUUUUCUGUGUAGUGGCUGUAGGAAAGAUCUCUGUGAAGAGCAGUUUAUGUCCAGAGACGACUAUCCAUUCUGCGUGGACUGCUACAAUCAUCUAUAUGCCAACAAGUGUGUAGCCUGUUCCAAACCCAUUAGUGGUCUCACAGGUGCCAAGUUUAUCUGCUUUCAAGACAGCCAGUGGCAUAGCGAAUGCUUUAACUGCGGGAAGUGUUCUGUCUCCUUGGUGGGUAAAGGCUUCCUGACCCAGAACAAGGAAAUCUUCUGCCAAAAAUGUGGCUCCGGGAUGGACAGUGACAUCUAGGAGACAGUCCUUUCCCACCUAAAAUCCACUUUGCCUUUGUUGUCACUAAAGCCAGAAUUCAGUUGCAGUCUUAUUUUUGACUUAAGUUUUAGAAAAUAUUAAUGUAGUUUAGAAUGGAAAAGUUUUUGCACACAGUUUGAUCGAACUGUAUUCUAAGGGCACACAAAGCACAGUAGAACAGAAAUGAAUAUAUGCUAAAUCACAAAGACAACUCUCCUUGCAAAAUACUGCACUCUGCUGUUAGAAACAUAGGAAAAUAUCUCUUCAUAAUCAAAUAUAUGACAUAUACCUAGGAGCUGUGGAUGUAAUUACUGAAGAAUGAGGUUUUUCACACCUGAAGAGUAAAAGAAAAACUAAGAGCUCAAACUGAGAGGUAUGCAUGAGACUAGUGUUUGCAUUCCUGGUUAUAUGUAAUGUGAUAAAUUAGCUAUGAAUGGUAAAAGAACAAAAGUGAUCAGAGUAAAUUCAUCAGCAAUUAUCACAUUUAAGAAUUGUUAUGAUUCAAAAAUCAUUCUUUUUUUGUUCACACAUACUGACUUUAGAAUUAAAAAACAAAGCUACAAUUUGUCCUCAUACACAGUUUCCACAGCUUGCUAGCUCCGUGUUUACUCAAUGAAAUAUGAGAAUUGAAGACUUUGUGGCUCUCAUAAUCUGCAUAGGUAUAAAGGGGAUCAUUUCUACCUAGGGAUAGCCAAACCAUGGGUUUCAACACAUUUUGUAUUAAAUGUGUUUUCAAAGUCCACAGUGAUUUUUCUAAACGCUUACAGAUUCCAUGAAAUAACAGUCAUUCUUUCAA